AUGAGACCCGCCGUCCGCGUCGGCCUUGCUCUGCUGCUCGUCACGGCCUUCUUCCUCUUCCUGCGCGCCCUGCCAGCAACCGCCCACCCGCCCCCGCCGCCUGAGGCUCGCCAUCCCUCGCCCCGACCGCAUCUCAGCUACUGGCCCUUUGGCGAUGCCAAUGCCGUGGCCCCCGCCGCCCCCAGCGAGGAUCAAGUGCACUACGUCGGCGAUGAGAUCGAUCUGUCCGAGCAGAACAAGCCGGACGAGGUCGACUCUCUCCUCCGCGACCAGCAACAGGAUGGGCCCUACGCUACCGUGCCCAUCUCCACUCCGAACGACCGCACCAUUGUCGUCGGCAAGUUCAAGAAUCAGAACACCGAUUGGGUGACGAGUGAAUUGAACGAAUGGCGGAGUGUGGUAUAUACGCUAGACGACAAAACCGCCCCCCUCCACACCCCCUCCAGCAAAGGCCUCGAGAGCCUAGCAUAUCUCCAAUACAUCAUUGACCACUACCACAACCUCCCCCAGACGAUGAUCUUCCUGCAGAGCGACCGCAAUGGUCAACCGCAGGUCUGGCGAGUAGGUCAAAAGGGCUACUAUUCCACCUCCUCCUCCUCCUCGCGCCUGUACAAGCGCGAUCUGGACAACGUGCACAACAUCAAGAACCUGCAGCUCGACUACGUGCAGAAGGUCGGCUACGCCAACCUCCGCUGCACCCUGACCCCCGGCUGUCCCGCCGAGAUCCAGCCCUUCCGUAACCCGCCCGACCCGGGCAAGGACACCGAGAACGCCUACGCCGCCGCCUGGGAGCAGCUGUUCAACAACACAGACGUCCCCAGCCUCGUCGCCGUCCCCUGUUGCUCGCAGUUCGCCGUCUCGCGCGCCCAGGUCCUCCGUCGCCCGUACUCCGACUACGAACGCUUCUACAACUGGCUGCUCGAGACGCCCCUCCCAGACGCCACCAGCACCCGUAUCUUGGAGUAUUCAUGGCACAUCAUCUUCGGGCAAGACCCGGUGCAUUGCCCCGAACUACGCCAUUGCUACCGCAACGUCUAUGGACGGGGAUACUAA